GCGACCGUUGUUUACAUGAGCGGUUCCCUGUUUCCAUCGUGCUGAAAAGAAUUCGUCAUGUUCACCUGGAUUUAGGAGCGAAGGUCGCGCGCACGCGCGUGGGUGUGUGUGUAUAUGAGUGUGCGUGUGGGUUGUGUGCGUGUGUGUGUGUGGCGCUGGAGCGUGCGUACUUUGGGGCAUGCUGCUGUUCCAGCUGCCGGACGAUGUCCUCUAUCAUGUCCUCAGUUACCUGGACCUCCGCUCGCUCGGUUGUUUAUGUCAAGUAAACAAAUGUAUCAAUCAGUUCAUGAAGCGGGACGUGGUCUGGAGGAGGAGCGCGAGAGACUGCCUCAACUCCGGGCUGACCGCGAGUGGACUGGACCUGUACCCUCACAUCCCUCUGAAGGAGAGAGUGAGGGUGGCUCACAACUGGCGACGGGGACAAUGUAAAAGUUCCAUUCUUCUCAGGUGGAAAAUCAAGCUGCUGCCGUACCUGCAGCUGGACAACAACGUGCUAUAUCUAUCUCAGGCCUCAAAGAUCGGAGCGUACCAUCUGCAGCCGCCGCGGGGCCGGAUCCAGAGAAACCCUAGUGCAAUCUACUCCGGGCACCAGGGUGACGUCUGCAGAUUUGUUCUGACCGAUACACAUCUCCUCAGCGGGGGAAGUGAUGGCCGAAUCCUGGCCCACAGCAGGAGCAGCCGUGUGUCACUGGAGUUUUCCGGUCACAGUCAGGAGGUCAACUGUUUGGACUCCAGAGGAGGCCUGAUGGUCAGCGGCUCCAGAGACCAGACUGCUCAGAUAUGGAUGCUGGACUCCACUUACCCCAGAGGAACCAUCACCAUGUACGAUCGAGUGUGGUCUGUCGCCAUCAGCCCUGCUCUCAGCUCCUUUGUCACCGGCACAGCCUGCUGUGAAGACUUCACUCCGCUCCGCAUCUGGGAUUUGGAACGGCUGGAGUGUGUCUGCUGCCUGGGCUCCGAGUACCGCCGCGGGGCCGGUGUGCUGGACAUGGUGUUUGAAUCGCCGACUCAGCUCUUCACCUGCGGUUACGACACCUUCAUACGACUCUGGGACCUGAGGCUGAGCUCACAGAAGUGUGUGAUGGAGUGGGAGGAGCCUCAUGACAGCGCCCUCUACUGCAUUCAAACAGAUGGUAAUCACAUGGUUGCCAGCGGCUCCUCGUACUACGGAGUAGUCCGUCUGUGGGACAAGCGGCAGAAGAAGUGCCUGCAGUUCUUCCAGCUGAGCUCAGACCUGGUCAGCAGCCCCGUGUACUGCCUCAGGUUCAGCAGUACUCACCUGUACGCAGCCCUGGCCACGACGCUGCACUGCCUGGACUUCGCACACCCCCCCCGCCUGAUCAGGUGACACCGGAGGACGACUGGAACACACCCUUCUCCCUUUUUUUUUUUUUUAUUUAAA